CCUAACAAAACAUCCUGGAGACGUCCUACAGGGUGUUCUGGAAAAGCGAGCUCUCUUCAAGUGCAGGUUGACUGAAGAUACGGUUUUCAACAUCCACGGCCUGUCUCCUGACACGAUGCAGCUCGUCAUUGAGUUUGCCUACUCAGACUUUGUUAAUGUGACUGAGGACAACGUCCAGGAACUGAUGGUAGCAGCCGAUAUGCUCAAUAUAAUGGCUAUCAUACAAGCCUGCUCUGACUUUCUCUGUGAGCGGCUCUGUGAAAACAACUGCAUUGGCAUCUGGCAGUUCACAAACAUCUACUACAGCCCCAGACUGCAGCACAAGGCCCUGCGCUACAUCACUGAUCAUUUUGAGGAGGUUUCUAUGUGUGAAGAGUUCCUGCAGCUCUCUGUGCAGGAGCUCGCUGAAGUCCUUGGCCGAGAUGACCUCUAUGUAAGCGUGGAGAGCGGUCUCUUUCUCGCCAUCUGUAAUUGGAUUGCCCACAAACCUGAAGAGCGAGAAAGGCACAUUGCUCUGCUUUUGUCUAAGUUCCGGAUGGCUUUGACAACCUUGCAGUAUAUCUUCACCGACGUGAUGUCCAGUAAGUUGGUGAAGAGCAGCGCUGAGUGUCAGCAAAUGGCUGUUGAUGCCAUCCAAACCAUACAGUACUUGCAAAGACAAAGACCCUCAAUGCAUGUUUUCCGCAACCCUCUCAUUCGUCCUCGUCUGCCCAAAGCCAUCCUGUUUGCCAUUGGAGGCAUGAAUGGUGAAGGCAUUAUGGCGUAUGAUGUCUCUGUUGACCGCUGGGUCAACGUGGCGGUCAAAAUGCAGCGCCAAUGGGCUUUUCAUGGCACUGUCUUCCACGACGGCCGCUGCUACUUGAGUGUGACAGUGUUGAACGGGUCCAUCUAUGCCAUUGGGGGCUUUAACGGCUUCAGUCGACUCAAAAGUGCAGAGUACUACAGGUCUGAAAUCAACCAGUGGAUUUGUAUUGCAUCCAUGCACCAUUCGAGAAGCGACGCCAGCUGCACAACACUACAUAAUAAGAUUUACAUCUGUGGUGGAUAUGACGGUAACGUGAUCCAGCAGACGGCUGAAUGUUACAACCCAGAGACCAACCAAUGGACGCUGAUCGCCUCCAUGUCCAAUAGGCGCGCUGGGAUAGGAGUCAUUGGACUUGCUGACCAUGUCUAUGCUAUUGGUGGUUCAAAUAGCAACCACCUGAGAAGUGUUGAGGAAUACAACCCAAGGACCAACACCUGGCGAUGGGUGACAUCCAUGAAUACAGCCCGCAGCAACUUUGGCCUCGAAGUCAUCAAUGACAGAAUCUAUGUUAUCGGUGGUACAAAUGGGAAACAAACCUCCAGUUCGGUGGAGUAUUUUGACGGUACAACAUAUGAGUGGACUGAGGCCUGCAACCUGGAGAAACAAUGUGGUGCCUUGAGCUGCUGUGUGGUGUUUGGGAUCCCCAACAUGGCUGAGUAUGCUGUCCCUCGUGACUCGCUGCCAUUUUUAGACUUGAGGGGCAAGAUGGUGGAAGACGCCCCGUGA